AUGUCUGAAGAUCUAGCAAAUCAGCUGGAUAUCUACAAGGCUCAGCUUCAACAAGUUGAGGCAGCAUUAUCUGGGGAUGGAGAAAAUGAAGACUUGCUAAAAUUGAAAAAAGAUUUGCAAGAAGUUAUAGAAGUAACCAAAGAUCUUCUUUCAACCCAACCUUCAGAAACCCUUACAAGUUCUGACAGUUUUGCUUCUGGGAAGCCCAUUCACUCCUGGAAAGUAGGGGACAAAUGUAUGGCAGUCUGGAGUGGAGAUGGAGAGUGGUAUGAAGCAGAGAUCAAGAAGAUAGAUGAAGAAAAUGGGACCACUGCCAUCACAUUUGUUGGUUAUGGUCAUGCUGAAGUCACACCUCUACUCAAUUUGAAGCUGCUAGAAGAAGAAAGGAAGGCAGAGGAGGACAGUGGAAAUAAGCCCAUGUCAAAAAAAGAAAUGAUUGCCAAGCAACGAGAAUAUAAGAAGAAGAAGGCAUUGAAAAAAGCUCAGAGAAUAAAAGAACUUGAACAGGAAAGAGAGGACCAGAAGGUGAAAUGGCAACAGUUCAACAAUAGAGCCUCUUCUAAAAACAAAAAAGGUCAGGUAAAAAAGAGCAUUUUUGCCUCACCUGAGAGUGUAACUGGCAAAGUUGGAGUAGGAACUUGUGGAAUUGCUGAUAAACCCAUGACCCAGUAUCAAGAUACCUCGAAAUACAAUGUCAGGUAUUGGAUGCCUCAGUAA